CAAAACUCCCUUAUUCAGUUUCAUUCACACCAAAGAACAAGCACCUUUUCUGGAACAAUAAAACUCCAAACUCUCAAACUCAGUGGAUUAAAAACAUUCAUUUUUACCUGGGACAAUCUUAGGUGCUAGUGUUAGAAAUGUCAACCCGUAGAUAUGCUUUUGGAAGGGCUGAUGAGGCUACCCACCCAGACUCCAUAAGAGCCAGCAUAGCUGAAUUUGUCUCCACUUUCAUCUUUGUCUUUGCUGGAGAAGGCUCUGGCCUUGCUUUGGUUAAGAUUUACAGGGAUUCAGCUUUCUCAGCUGGUGAAUUGUUGGCAAUUGCACUUGCACAUGCAUUUGCUCUGUUUGCUGCUGUGUCUUCCAGCAUGCAUGUAUCCGGUGGCCAUGUCAAUCCGGCAGUGACAUUCGGUGCUCUCAUAGGUGGAAGAAUCUCUGUUGUUCGUGCCAUCUACUAUUGGAUUGCUCAACUUCUAGGUGCUAUAGUGGCUGCCCUCUUGCUCAGGCUUUGCACUAAUAACAUGAGACCAGCAGGGUUUCAUGUAGGACAGGGUAUUGGCGCUUUCCACGGGCUUAUACUUGAGAUUAUCAUGACAUUUGGGCUGAUGUACACAGUAUAUGCUACUGCAAUUGAUCCCAAAAGGGGUAGUAUUGGGGCCAUUGCACCUUUGGCAAUUGGACUCAUAGUUGGGGCAAACAUCCUUGUUGGUGGACCAUUUGAUGGAGCAUGCAUGAACCCAGCUCUGGCUUUUGGGCCUUCCUUGGUGGGCUGGAGAUGGCACUACCACUGGGUCUUCUGGUUGGGCCCUUUUCUUGGAGCUGCACUGGCAGCACUCAUAUAUGAGUAUCUUGUGAUCCCAACAGAGCCCUCACAUGCACACCAGCCUUUGGCUCCUGAAGAUUAUUAGUUUAGCCUCUGUUUAUCAAAAUAAAAGUGUUUGGUUCUGUUUAUCAAAAUAUUUAAGGUUAUGAUUAUGGUGUGUUGUUUUGUUUAUUCCAUCUUUAUGCUUUGGUUGCCACUGAACUCUCAUGUAUGGGUCUCAACUCCCAAACCUAGUUCAGUCAGUGUGUUGUCUUUCCUACACAUAGUGAAUAAAAUGUGAACACUAUAUUGUAUAAAUAUUUUGC